GACGAAAGAUAUUCGUUACUCGCCUCGACAAUUCAUCCGCUAGGGUUUUGUGCCUGGUUAUGAGAGCGACGACUCCGCAGCUUAAGCUCUCUCCUAUUGUAGAUUUCCAUCUCUCCAUCACCUCUCGAUCGCCACCAUGUCGAAGCGCGGGAGGGGUGGUUCCUCCGGGAACAAGUUUCGAAUGUCGCUGGGUCUGCCAGUGGGGGCAGUCGUCAACUGUGCUGAUAACACAGGCGCCAAGAACCUCUAUGUCAUCUCCGUGAAGGGAGUGAAGGGGCGCCUGAAUAGGCUCCCAGCUGCGGCUGUAGGAGAUAUGGUCAUGGCUACUGUCAAGAAAGGAAAGCCUGAUUUGCGAAAGAAGGUUAUGCCUGCUGUAAUUGUUCGUCAGCGCAAGCCCUGGAGGCGCAAAGACGGCGUCUUCAUGUACUUUGAAGAUAAUGCGGGAGUUAUUGUAAAUCCCAAGGGUGAAAUGAAAGGUUCCGCCAUUACGGGACCUAUUGGAAAGGAAUGUGCGGAUUUAUGGCCAAGAAUUGCUAGCGCUGCUAAUGCGAUUGUUUGAUUACCUCAUCCUGGACUCCUUUAUUCAAGACAUGUACACGUCUUUUGUAUUAAAAACACGGGGUGUUCCUGUCGAGAACAUGUCUGAUCAUCCUGGUAUUUUGGGCUU